AUGCCUUUUCAUCGUGGAGACAAAAGCGGUCAUUUUGAUGCCAACCAGAAUAACUUUAACCUGACUGAUCCAGGUUUUGGACCUAGUCCAGCUGGUUUCGAUGAUCGCAUGGAUCCUCGAUACGGUAAUAUGAAUUCAAACUAUUCCAGAGGAAUGCCGGGAAACUUUGGAGGAAAUGGGAUGUACGGACAGGAUAGUUAUAACCGACAACCUGGAUAUGAAGGCUGGAAUACGGGAAGGAGACAUAAUAAUGGCUCGGAUUCGGAUGACUCUGACAUAGAUAGACGUAAUUACAGAGGUUCAGCACCGGGUUGGAAUCAGGGACGACAUGGUUCACACUCAAAUCGUCGAAACCAUUCUAGCGAUCGUGGUUCAAGUUCGGAUGAAGGAAGGCGUAACAGACUAUCUAUCAGCACCGACGAUCGAUUUAACGUUUGA